AGACAUUCUUUGUUAUUUACCCGUUUUCAGAAAGUUAAUAGUAAAAUUAUAAAAGAACAAUUCAUCAAUUAUGACGUGGCGGGAUAAAAUUUAGAGUUUUGAAUGCAAUUGUUCACUGAAAAUCUUAAAUGCCACAAUGAUAAUAAUACCUUAAAUAAUUUAAUAAAAUAGCAGUUUUAUGAAGGUUUAGCAAAGCUUGCAGUUCGAGAUUGAGCAAUGUCGAGAUGUUUGUGUCGAGGAGGGAAACCAACAAACUACCGUUAUUUUCUGUAGAUUUUUCGACAAUUGAUAUUUCGAUGUUUUAUAUGUUGCACAAGGACAGUUUCUACUAGUUUUAUGUGAAAGCUGAGGUCUUCAGUUGAGCGCCAUAAUUCAUGAUCUGUGUUUUGAAGUAUGGAAGUAGAAUGUAAGUCUGAAGACAAUUCUUUAUCUUCGAGCAACUGUCCUGUGCUGAAUGGCAACGAGCCGCUGGGAUCCGUCACUCAGCAGCCAGACUCUGAGGGAGGCAUUCAACUAAGAACUAGCGCACGAGUAUCAAAGAAACUGAAACUUGAUUCUUUGGCUCAGAUUUCGACUGAUAAAAAAGAACUUAAUCAUGAGGAGGAGAGGAAAAUUGAAGUACCCGUGGGCAACGAAGGGAAGCCUCGAGCCAAACGAGUGGACUGGUCUACAGAGGACAAGUGUGCUUUCUUUGAGGCUCUGAAUGAAUAUGGCAAGGACAUUGAUGCCAUUCACAACUAUAUAAUUCAGAAAGCAAAACGGAGGGGUGGUCAAGAAACAAAAACAAAAGACCAAGUGAGAUUCUUCUAUUACAGAAUGUGGUCUAUUCUGUCAAAACACAUCACUUUUCCCUCCUACUUAAAGAAACAAACACAGGAACUUUAUGCAUUGAUCAACUUUGGUGAGCUUCGCAAGAAGAUCAGUCUGUCACACAAGAAACACUACGAGAAACUGAGUGAGAUGAUCUACAGUGGUUCCACUCAGCUCAAGUUUCGAGGAAAAGUGAGAAAACUGAGGACGCCUCUGUGUAAAGCCCUUAGAAAAAUCAACCAAAUUGAAGAGAGUUCGGAGGAACUGCGGUUGCCGUCAUGUGUGACGGUGGAGCUGAGACCCCGCUACAGCGAGGACUGGUGCCGUGUGCAGGCCCUGGCCCAGAAUCCUAGGGUGAGAUCAGUGCAGCCGCUACAUCGGCGGCUUGAGUCCCUCCUGGUGUAUCUGCAACAGCGCUGGCAGACUAGUGACCACAGACUUAUGGAGCAGCUGCUGAGUACGGUGGAGGCGGAGGAGGGGGAGCCCCAGGAGAGGGAGAACUGGAGGUUACAUGUAGGACCCAAGCCUGGCACACACGUCACCGAGCCCAGUGUACGGCUCAGUGAGACAGCCACAAGCUCCAAGUUGAGUUUGCUCGCGUAUGAAGAGCGCUUUCAUCCUAUGGCGAAACAAGUCCCCAGCCUUCUCCAGCAGUUGCCAGUGAUCCAUCGCAGCAAGGGGCGGGGAGUAAAGCGGCCAAGGACAGACAGUUUGUCAGACAAAGUAGGGAUGAGAGAGGGGGAAGAUGGUGGUGGUGGAGAGCUAGUAGGGGGGCGGGAAGCGACCAGGACACCGGGACUCGACUGUAUGGAGUCCGCCCAUGAGAACCAACUCCUCACCCUCAACUGCAUCACAGACAAUGCCCAGACAGAGGCUCUGCUCAGUCCUCACGUGAAUGGAGAGCUACAGCUAGUGAGUCCAGAGAAAGUAAGCGAAGGUGUCUGUCUGGAGCAGGCCCACAGCGGCUGGACCCAGGACACUGCGGGAGCUGUUCGGAUAGGAGACAUCUACAUGAUGUUUGGUGUGGACUCGAAGAUCCAGCUGGACUACUGGUGGGAGAGGUGCCCUCCUACUGACAGCUCCGCAGUCACUACUAGUGAAGUGGCGGGAACCACCUCUGCCAACCUUGCCCUAGCACUGCAGAAACUGCUCUCUGUCGCCAAGCUUCAGAUGUUCAAAUCCAAGGGUUCGUCUUCCAACUGCAUUGGUGCCGAUUCAAAGAUCAAUACUCCUAAGUCUCGUCUCUCUAAACCUAAGACUCACCUUGACGGUAUUCAGAAAGUGGACACACAACUCAAGUUCCAGGUUUGUCCUCUGCCUCUAGACGAGGUGUUUCGUCGCCCCAUCGUCGCUCCCAUCAACUCUCACAAGCUUUCCGACAACUCAAAUGUACAUUUUGAAAAGAUGCGGCCAAGGUAUUGUAACCGCCGAGGCAGACCUCGCCGACCACCCCCACCACAGCGGUCCGCCCAAGAUGUCAAGCCCCUGCUGCCCAAAGUCCCCCCCACUCUUAGUCUGGCAACUGGCGGACUGUUCAGUGCUGUCACUAGGCAAGGCUUCAAGCCUAUAGCUCCUGCCCCACCACCCUCUGCUACCGAGACCAGGCCUGCUCCAAUCACAAUCGACGUGAAGGUGGCAUCUGUGAGUGAAGUAGUAGAAGGGAUUGAGCGUGUUCCCUCCCCUCCCUCUCUCAGUAACCUGCUAGACGACCUUUCCCUCCCGUCCGUCAGUGGUUCUCGGCUCUCUACACCUGUACCAACCUUUGAGGGUUUGUUAGGAAAUGAGGCGAAUGUAAUGUCCUCAUCUUUAUCCAAGGACCAGUGGAUCAGUUCAGAGGUGGCGGACAUGUCCCUGAGUGGAUUCUCCUUCCUCAACAACAUGGACACUGACAUCAAGAACAUCUCUGACGACUCCCGUCUAUCAGAUAUGGACUCACAACUGAGAAAUCUGAUAAACCCAGACAACUCAACAGAUCUCAACGAUAUCAUCGCUGAUCUCACAGCCACCAUAAAGACCGACAAUGAACCGGACUAGAUCAGAGCUGACUGUGCCAGUGAUGUUUUUUGUGGUUUGCCAACUACAUUAUAUCUAUUUGUUCUGUUACCUUGUGUAUGUACAAUUUAAAAAAUACAACCAUUAUGCUAGGUAGUUAACAGAAUUUAUUUUUAAAGUAUUUUAAUUUUAUUCAGGCUAUGGUUGUACAUAUUUUUUAUUUACAUGUAAUACAAUAUGAAACAUAUUUUAUGUUUUAGAAAUAAGGCAGAAAUGCACUUAUGAAGUGUUCAGUAGAUAUAGUGACAAAGUCAUGUUUUACAUAGUGUAUAUUGUCCGUUCAUCCUUCUGUAAGCUACAACAGUUUCCAUAUUAAAUGUGCUAUAUCAUGUUAAAUCAUUAAAUUUUGUAGUUUUA